GAGAGCGCGGCGGCGAGAGAGAGCAGAAGGCGUGAGGCGCCGAGGAGAGCGGGUCGGGAAGGCUCCCUGAGGCCAGGAGAGGAUCCUUGGAGGCCCCGAACCCGUAGGACAUGGACCACCAUAUGAAUGGCACCAUGGCGGAGGAGCACAGCCCCAUGGACUAUGGGGUCCAGAUCCGUUUCAUCAAUGAUCUCAAAGAGCCCAGCAAGUCCCAGAAGCUCCGUCCCAAGGCCUCCAAGCCGGGCUCUUAUGGGGUGGCGGUGCGGGUCCAAGGCAUCGACGGCCAGCCCUUCGUGGUCCUCAACAGUGGCGAGAAAGGGGGGGACUCCUUUGGGGUGCAGAUCAAAGGUGAGAGCAAAUACGGGAUGCCCUCCCGGAGCCCGCAGGUCGAGGAGGCCUUCCCAGGAUCCCCUGGGGCUGCUUCAUCAUCUAAGGAUGCAUCGGGGUCUAUCAGCUCCGACUCCGACCUGCCGGAGAACCCGUACGGCAUGAAGCCCACCCGUUAUGGCUCUCACUACAGCACAUCAGACGAGGAGCAGGUCCCGAAGCGGGGGGUUCCGAAAUCGGACAGCCUGGACGGGGCCCGGUUGUCCCGCAAUAGCAUCGCUUCACCCCCUCAGGGAGGCUACCGGACUCUGCCCCAUAAGAAGUCCUCCGGGGAGCAGCUGCGGCGGACGCAAUCCCACGGCUCCCUCCUCAGCUCCGAAUCCCAGGAUCUGGCCCCUCCUCGGACUCUGCCUGCUCCCGCUCCCCAGACAACGGGAGGAGCGGCGCGGAGCAACAGCCUCAUGAACCUCGCUGGACGCAGACUGUCCAGCCCCAGGGAAGACGGCGGCGUUGUCACCGGGUUGCGACCCGUCCAGAAGUCCCCCCAAUUUGGUUCGGACGGGAAUCCGGCUGCCGACACGGGAGGCGACGUUGAAGGCAGUGAUAUCGACACUAAGCCCCUCUCCUCGGUUGACUCGCUCAUCCACAAGUUCGAUGGGAAGGCCCAGAACCGAGGCCGGGCCUCCCGGAGAAGCCGCAUGUCUCUGGACGACCGGAAGCGCUCGCAGAGCCUGGACGGGAGAGUUGCUCUCCAUGACACAGCCGAUUCCCGGGAGUUGAGUAUGAAGGACAGCCAGGGGGGAUUCAGAGAGGGAGUGCGGCUUUCUGUGUUGAAGCAGCUCGGAUCGGGCAACGCUUCAGGGACCAGGAGCCUCGGCCGACCCGUCGGGUCGCAGCAGAAGCAGAAUGGGUUGGACAAGUCCAAGCUGACUCGGGAGUGGGUCAACAAGACCGUGGAGGAGCCCGGGAAAGUGCCAUCAGACCUGCAGCUGAAGUCCACCCCAGACCUUCUGAAGGACCAGCAAGAAGUAUCUCAGCCCGGAAGCAGCGAGUAUGUGAAAGAGCUGAUCUACAACAUCCUGAAGGAAGGAAGCACCGAGAGCGAUGCGGCGACGAAGAGGAAGACCAACCUCGUCUUUGAGAAAAUGGAAGCGUUCACUGCGGUCCCUUCCGCAGCACCGAGCACAUCCCAGGCAAACGAAUGGAAGCAGAAGGCCGAAGAGCUGCAGCGGAAACUGGACAAGCAGACCGAGAGGCUGGAGCUUUCCCAGGAGAACCAGCGAAAGGGGGCCCCUCGCAACCUGGAGCUUCGCCUGGAAGAGCUGGAGGAAGAAUGCCGCCGGCUGCGGGAAGCCCUUGAGAAGAAGAGCCAGGAGCUCCAGAGCAGUUGGAAAGAAUUGAAGGAGGCGAAAGCAGCCAAGGAGGAAACGGAGGCCAAGGUGGCCGACUUGGAAGAGCAGCUGACGGAGAUGCAGGAGGCCCUCGACCGCUUCCGGGAGACGAGCGGAGGAGGCGCUCCGGACAGGGACGAGGUGCUGAAAGAGCUGCUGGAGACCCAGGAGGCACUGGAGGAGACCCUUGCGGCGAAGCAGAAGGUGGAUGAGCACCUGCGCCAGCGCGAACGCGAGCUGACGGCACUGAAAGGGGCCCUGAAGGAGGAGGUGGCCAACCACGAUCGGGAGCUAGAUCGGGUCCGGCAGCAGUACCAAGAAGACAUGGAGCAGCUGCGGCGCAACAUGGAGGAUGUCUCACAGGACCAGGCCAGUCUGGAGGCCGAGCGGCAGAAGAUCAACUCGGUGGUGCGGAACCUGCAGCGGGAGUUGGAGGAGAACAGCGAGGAGACGACGCACUGGAAGGAGAUGUUCCAGAGGAACAAGGAGGAGCUGCGCAACGCCAAGCAGGAACUGAUGCAGGUGAAGGUAGAGCGGGAGGAUUUUGAGGAGGAGCUGAAAGAGAUGCGCGACCGCUUCAACUCAAUGCAGAAGGAGCUGGACCAAGUCCGGAACGAUCCCGAGAACGACGGGCAGGCCAGCGCCCUCCGAAAGGAGUUGCGUGAGGUCCGGGACCAGCUUCGAGAGCUGACCCUGGAGAAGCAGGCCCAGGACGAGGUGCGGCGUCAACGCGAGCGGGAGGUGAGCUCCCUGAAGGCGGCCCUCAAGGAGGAGCGCUCCCGCCACGAAGGCGAGGCGGCCGAGAUGAAGCGGCAGUUCCAGCAGGACGCCCAGCAGCUCCGGAAGGAUUCCGAGGAGGCCUUCAAGGUGAAGGCAGCCCUGGAGGGGGCGAAGGAGGCUACGGAGCAGACCAAGAAGGCGGUGGAGACCACGCUGCGGGAGACGCAGGAGGAGAACGACGACCUGCGACGGAGGAUCCUGAGCCUGGAGACGCAGGUCAAGGAGUACCGGCACUUUGCGGACAACUGGCAGGGCAUCGAGGCCCGGCUGAAGGAGAAGAUUGCCAAGAUGGAGGGGGACCGCAAGCAGAUGGAGGUGUCCCUGGAGGAGGCCUCGGACCAGGAGGAGGAGCUGCUGAUGGCCAAGCGCUCGCUGGAGAGCCGCCUGGAAGAGGCCCAGCGCAGCCUCAACCGCCUCUCCCGGGAGCACCAGGACCUGAGCGCCUCCUUGCACGAAGAGGUCAAGCAGAAGGAGCAGCUCAAGAGGGCCAAGGCCGAGCUGGAGGACGAGAAGCGCCUGCUGGACAAGAGCGUCGCCAAGCUGACCAAAGAGCUGGACCAGAUGGCGCAGGAGUCGCACGGGGCUCUCUCCUCGCUUCAGUCGCAGCUGGAAGAGUACAAGGAGCGGUCCCGCAAGGAGAUCACUGACACGCAGAAGCAGGCCAAGGACCGCAACGCCGAAGUUGAGAAGAUGCAGUACAACCUGGGGAGACUGCAAGACGAGGUGACGCGGCUGAAGCAGGCGCUGCAGGACAGCCAGGCCGAGCGGGAGAACGCCGUGUUGGACAAAGAGCUGCUGGCCCAGCGCCUCCACAACCUGGAGCAGGAGAUGGAGACCAAGCGGAGGGCCCAGGACGACCGCUCCCGCCAGGUGAAGGCCCUCGAGGACAAAUCGAAACGCCUGGAAGUGGAGCUGGACGAGGAGAGAAGCACGGUGGAGCUGCUGACGGAGAGGAUCAACCGGACGAGGGACCAGAUCGACCAAUUGCGAGCCGAGCUGUUGCAGGAGCGCUCCGCCCGCCAGGAUUUGGAGUGCGAUAAGAUCUCGCUGGAAAGACAGAACAAAGACCUCAAGAGCCGACUCACCAGCUUCGAAGGGUUCCAGAAACCGAGCGCCAACGUCUCGCAACUGGAGUCGCACAUCCAGGAGUUGCAGGACAAGCUCCAGGCCGAAGAAAGAGAGAAAAGUGUCUUGGUCUCGUCGAAUCGCAAACUGGAGCGGAAGGUGAAGGAGCUCACCAUCCAAAUCGAUGAUGAAAGGCAGCACGUCAAUGACCAGAAAGACCAGCUGAGCCUGAGGGUCAAGGCCCUGAAGCGGCAGGUGGACGAGGCGGAGGAGGAGGUCGAGCGCUUGGAGGCCGCCCGGAAGAAGGCCCAAAGGGAGCUGGAAGAGCAGCACGAGUUCAACGAGCAGUUGCAGAGCCGCAUCAAGGCACUGGAGAAGGACCUCUGGCGCAAAGCCGCCCGCUCCACGGCCGAGUCCUCCCUGAAGGACGACCACUUGAGCUCCGACGAGGAAUUCGACAGCGCCUACGGCCCGUCCUCCAUCGCGUCCCUCUUGACGGAGGCCAACCUCCAGACCAGCUCUUGCUAGCGGGCUCUGGACCCAUGGGGCCACCUUUGGGCGGACAUUUCGAAAUCCUGAAAAAAUGAUACGUCGCUUGCGCAGGUUUCCGUCCGACGAGACAACGGAGGAGGACGCCGACCUCGACGUAGAGCAACUGUAGAUAAAAUAGAUGCCUUGUCGACCAGAAAGGGGGGAGAUGUUAUUUUUGUGUUGUGGGAAAGGGGUUGGGAAGAGGCAGAGCGGAAAACGAGACUGAAUAAUAUCUUGAAGAAGUUAUUUUUGUGGGAAAGGGGUUGCGAAGAGUCCGAGCGGAAAACGGGACGGAAUAAUAUCGAACGUUCCACAUGGCGCCCCCUUGAUCUGGUUCUCAGGGCAUUGGUGAAUGACUACGGAACAGCAUCUUCUUGUUUUGAUAACCAAAUUCAAAUUUCCUUCUCUGUAUAUAUAUCGGGGUGGGGUUUUCGGGGGGGAGGGUAUUUUCUUUCGUGGUAUGUGCCUCGAACGCAUGUGGACCGAAUUGGAUGUGCAAUAAUGUAAUCGGGGAGAUCGGCGAAUGUGUCUUGCGGGGACGGCCGGGCCCCUGUUUUCUCUGCAUGUUGGCCUUGAGCGGAAUGGGAUCCCAGGGUUACUGAACCGUCGAUUGUUGCAUCUUGGUUUGUGCUUGAACGACCCUCGAGAUUUCGGCAGAAGAGGAUGCACCCCUCUUUCUUCCUCUGUUGCCGUGCCUGGUAUUCCUUUCUGGGGUUCCCCGACUGCUCUUCCACACUGGAAUGUUAUAGCGCUACAAUCCCGCUUCAGUUUCCAAGCUUCCGUCCUAUGGGAUUGAGAGACGGACACUUAGGAUCCUCAGCCAGAGAGUUCUAGUGCUCCCGGGAUUCGGCGGAAGGCUAAAGCGUAGAUUCUUGGACAUGCCAUUCGCUCCCUAAGCAAAAUUUCGGGAAGGAACGGACACUUUUCUUUCGAUUCUUGAGUUUUCGGAUCGUAUUCGAGCAGCUGCUGGAGCGCCACCACCUUCUCGUUGGGUUCCGGGAGCACCUCAAACGCCGCUGACAUUUGCUUUCUGCUUUACAGUCGCUGGUAUUUUUAUAGGUUGAGAUGCCCUGUCUAUUAGUAAGUGGCCUUCCCUUUCCUUCCAGCCUUUUUCUGUGUCUGGAACGAAGCUUGAUACUGGACCCACUGAAGUAGCAUUCUCCAACUCAGUCCUCAAACUAUUGAUCAUUGAUUACGCUGCAUGGGAAGGGGGUGAGAGUUGUAGUAUCUUAAGACUCCCAGAGUGAGGUCUAGAUCUCCUUAUGGACUGAAAAGGAGAGGAAAGAUAGUAUAUCGCAGCAUUAGCAAAAUAUUGUGGAUUCCGGUAACUCCUGACAUCGUGGCGCAUGCACUUGUGCCAUGGUACCAUGCAUUUUGGGAUGGUACUUUACUUGUUAAGAGCUAACCCACCAGGCCUGCCUUUCCAACAUUUAAAAUCAUUGGGUUGUUGUGAGUUUAUAAUAAAUGUGUUGUCGAAGGCGUUCAUGGCCAGUGAGCCAAACUAAUAA